GUUUGUAUAUGUAUAUAUAUAUAAAAAACAAAAAAAAACAUUUUUUUAGCACAUUUGAUCGUUUUAGACGCAAAAUGUCCAGAACUCUUUGAACUUUCAGUCGCUCACGUGAGGCGAUGGAGAUCAAACGACCGCCGCCGAUUUAUCUCUGGGGGGGAAAAAAGAAACUACUUCGAAAAGUACAUUUAUUCAACAUGGAACGGAUAUGUUGAAUGUUUUUCCGCCUUUGUUUUGACGUCGCUUCAACAUGAGCACGGGUCAAGGUUCAAUGGCGGGACCCCAGACGACAGAACAAGAUGCAUCACAAUCUGCGCUUUUCUACCUUUUCCAGGAAAUUUCCAAACUGGGGUCCCCCAUGCACGGCAGCGUGAUGGACGCUAAUACACUGUCCUGGCAAAGUGUUAAAAAGGAGAGUGAUGGUGCCGAUUUGUGUCAAACCUCUAACACCCUGUCCUCGUCACCCUUUGAACGUGAUGAGACCAUGCUGACAAAAGCAAAGAUGCAGACAAUGUUGAGAAGGGAAGCGGUGGGUGGAGGCCAUAGCCCUUUGAGAGUGCUGAGUCUGAUCAACCUGCAGUGUAAGAGACUCAUGGAUCAAGGACACAUGGAACCAAAUGUAAGGGCACUAUCGUCCACCAUAAGAGGUGCAAACUAUCCACAAACUGAAAGUUUUGAGCAUGCUUGGAGACCAAGACCUGUUGCGGGGGCAUCCGCUUGUAUCACUCCAAUAAAUAAUGAGCAAGAGUUCUUGGCUUCUGAACCUCAGAGCGGUGUCAAAGAGUCAAAAUCCAUCAGUCAAAAGGACACCCCUCCAUCGUUGUCUAAGGAAACCAAAACCAGUUCUGAGACGUCAUUGGAGGGGCAACAAGGUGCCUCUUCUGUCGAAUAUCUCCAUCCCAGUGGAAGUUCUGUGUCACUUAAGCACACUCCUAAAGUAUUUUUUGGUAGUCAAACUGAUUUUGACUUAAACAUUGUGGAUCUAUCAAAGCCAGCUCUCACCCUUGACCACAAUGCAAACCUCAAGUGGAUUCUUGGCGGACAACACUCAAAACCAGAUGGCAGAAACGCAUCUAAAUCAGAGAGUGUAGAUCCCAUUGAAGCAAAACGUCAAGAAGGAAAUGAUGCCCCAGUAACGUGUCACUGUUCACCCAAGUCCUCUGAGAGAACCAGAAUUCCACGAAAACAACCCAAUCCCAGCCGCAGCGUCGAUAUCCGAAACCCACACUUGCAGGGAGUGACGUUCCGAAUAGACGCAGAGUUGGAUGACAGCAGGGAAAAUUGCCGGCUUCUGAUAACUUCCAAAUAUAGCAAGAAGCCCGACAAGAGUGCGCGCAAACCCAGGACAAGGACUCGAACCUCUGAGAUGACCAGCAGCUCGGAGGAGGAGACGAACACUACGUCAAGAAUCAAAAUGUGUGCAUCAUGCUGCACGAGAAAGACCCCCAUGUGGAGAGAUGCAGAGGAUGGGACCCCUCUCUGCAACGCUUGUGGCAUCAGGUACAAGAAGUACAGAGUACGCUGUAACAACUGCUGGCACAUCCCAAGAAAAGAAAGUAACUCCAGCUCACACUGCCUCAAGUGUGGAAACUUUGUGAGGAUCACCUCCACUCAGCACAAAAACACCUCUUAGAACAUGCACUCACUCCACACACACAUCCACCUUUUUGUUGCAAGAGUGGUGGGUAAAACAAUGUCGGUUACUUGUGUGAGAAAUAUCUAUGAAAAUAUGAAAACUAAGUGCAUACAGUUGUAAUGUUGGCAAUGUUUAAAAGAGGCGCCAUUUAUUUAUGUUGCCUAUUUUUAUAUUUGUAUGUUUUGUCUUAUAGUGUUUGGGCUGUUUUCUUUUUGGGCCAUAGUUAUUAUUUUAUUAGCGUGAGUUUUUGUGAGGAUCUAAAAUUUAAAUUUUUGUGUGAUAAUACAAUGGGUUUUUGGUCUUGGCAUUAAAUUAUGUGUGAAUAUCUUCCAUUUGUUUGGGUUUUUCAGGUUGAAAAAAGAUGUUUAGUCAUGUAAAAGGAGGGGUGAUAAUAUAUAUAAAUGUGUGUAUAUAUAUCAACAGAAUGUGUGUACAUGCCAGUUUAAGGGAGACUCAGUCCAGCAUGGAUUUUUCUUAUUGGAACCCACUGGAUUAUGCAGGGCGUGGCCAGUGAGCGUAAGCAUCAUAAAGAACAAACCAUGGACUCUUCUCUCUGUUUGAAUGAGGUGGUGCUGUUUGGGUAAGAGGAGGAGGAGGAGUAGGAGGAGUAGGAGGAGGACGCAUGUAAAACACCAAACACCGUCAAUGUUGCAGUCAGCUAAAUGAAUCCGCUAAACCAGUUUUUCUUUGUCUUUAACCAUAACGGACCUGUACACACGGA